UAAUCAUUACAGUCUGGUGUGCUAUAUAAGCUGCAGGACCUCAGCAGCUCAACACAAGCGCAUCCAAGUGGACUUGCAGAUACACUCGCAAACUCAGCCAUGAAGGUCCUCGCUGUGCUCGUCCUCGCCGUUUUCAGUGGCUGUCAAGCCAACCUUUUCCUUGCUGAUGCACCCAAGCCACAGCUGGAUGUGGUCACUGAUGCCUUCUGGGACUACGUUGCCAAGGCCACCCAGACAGCUGAUGACACCCUCCAGAUGAUCAGGAAGUCUCAGUUUGGACAGGAUGUCAGUACCCGUCUGACAGAGAGCGCCGAUGCGGCCAACACGUAUGCAGUCACCCUGCAGGAGCAGCUUCCCCCCGUAGCCCAGGACCUGAUCAUCAAAGUCACUUCAGAGGCCGACGUGCUGCGGGAGCGUAUGAUCCAGGAGCUGAGCACCGUCAGGGAAAAUAUGGAGCCCUACACCGAGGCCAUGAAGACCAAGAUCCAGCAGAGAGUGGAGCAGCUUAAACAGGAGCUGGCCCCCUACGCAGAAUCCAUGGACAUCGAGGGCCUGAGGACCACCCUGAUGCAGAAGAGCGAGGAGCUGAAGGCCAACUUGGAGCAGAGUGUGAAGGAUCUGCAGGUUCAGAUGGGGCCCUACACCGAUGACCUGAAGGUGAAGGUGGACCAGCACCUGCAGAACUUCAAGGAGAGCGUGGCGCCCGUGGCCGAGAAUGUCCAAGGCGAGCUGGCUCAGAGAGCCCAGCAGGUGAAAGAAUUGGCCGCCCCCUACGUUGAGGAGCUGAGGGAAAAUCUGGACCCCUACGCCCAGAACCUCCAGGCCCAGCUCACCUCUCUCUUCGAGUCUUUUGUCAAAGCCACCUCAAGUUAAACAGAAAGAAACUGCAUCUAAAGAAAUACAAUUCCUCAAUCCCAGCAACACAUCCACGUUUUAACAAUAUGAAAACACACAAGCUCACCAGUUCUGAAAGUUGAAGAUUUUAGACCUAUCUCUUCCUAUAUUAUAAAAAUAAAGAAAAAUGAAAACAUAAA